UGGCCAAGGAUGAGGUGGGAAGAUCUAGGUAUACUGCACAUGACGUUGCUCCAUAUUUUUGUUGAGCUGAUGACCAACCUAUUUAAUGCCUUCAAAUUUCCAGAGUCCGAGGAGAAUCAAUAAAUAAUGAAGUGUAUCAUGCGGGUUCUUGGGGUAGCAGAAAUACACCUAUUGUGAUGCGUGUUAUUCUUGCAUCAAUCCGUGGGACUGUGAUGGAGCUUGGAAAUACACCUAUUGUGACUUCUAGGCUAGUGAUGCAACUCUUGGCUGGGUCCAAGUUCAUUGAAGUGGACAACAGUUUUUGCGAGGAUCAUGCCCUCUUGGAAAGAGACACCGACAAAGACGGGAAGGUUAACUUUAAAGAAUUUUUUCAUGGGCUUUUUGACAUGGUGAGGAACUAUGAUGAAGAAGGUCACCAUUCUUCACAUCAAUUUGAUGAUUCAAUGGAGGCCCCAGCAAAAAAAUUGUUUGCUCAGCUUGACAAAGAUGGUGAUGGAUACUUGUCAGAUGUAGAACUAGUACCUGUUAUAGGGAACAUGCUACUAUUCAUCAAAAUGUUAUGGAACACAUGCUGCUGUGGUGCAUUUGUUGGUCACAGCACUGAUGGAUGCUAG